AACUAUCUUUCUGUCUUGCCUUUGACGUCGCUUGCCAAGACUACUCACAAUUGCAUACCUAACCACAUUAUCAAAUACGAUAUUACAUUGCUACUGCCAUGUGUCUUCAAAUUGCCCUUUCUGCCAUCGCCGGCCUUGCAACUGCCAGCAACGACGGGAAUGAUGAUCAAGAAUACUUAAGCAACCAUCGAAUCCCUGCCGAUUCGGAUCCUGUUUCUGUUUCUGUUUCUGUUUCGUUGGGACUCUCCGAGAAACACCAGCUGCCCAACGAGAACCUUUCGGAGACAACCGGCGAAAGCAAACCCGAAGUCCUUCGAAACGGAUCGGAUGAGUUCGAACGACCGGGUGUGGACAGAGAAGAUCUAGGUUUCUUUCCAAAUCUUGGUGUCCUCGAGAAACCUGCGGUGGGUGAUGCCGGAGCAGAACACCCAGGGUUGCACCAAGAACAACACMGGGAGCUUCCGUCCAUCACGGACUGCGCUACCGCGUGUCCCAAUGGACGGCCCGUGAUAAGCGUCUCUGGAGUUGCAUUUCAGAAUCUCAUCGAUGACUGCCUCGAAGGCACUUGCACGUAUGACCUUCCGAUUGGCUGCUGGGAUACAUCGAAUGUCGCUUCGAUGUCUAAAGCAUUCUACAAUCAAACGAAAUUCAAUGAACCGCUUCAUUGCUGGGAUGUAUCGGGUGUGACUAACAUGCGCGAGAUGUUUUUUUACGCUGAGAAAUUCAACCAGCCCAUUGGUGAUUGGGAUGUGUCAAAAGUGAAUAACAUGGUCGAUCUAUUUAUGUACUCGAAGUCCUUCAACCAGCCUAUUGGUGGUUGGGACGUGUCAAAAGCGACUGACAUGCUCGGGAUGUUUCAAUAUGCUAAGAAAUUCAACCAGCCCAUCGGUGAUUGGGAUGUAUCAGGUGUGACUAACAUGUACCGUAUGUUUGAAUAUGCUAAGAAAUUCAACCAGCCCAUUGGUGAUUGGGAUGUGUCAAAAGUGAAUAACAUGGACGAUUUAUUUUUCGCUGCUUGGUCCUUCAACCAGCCCAUUGGUGGUUGGAAUGUGUCAAGCGUAACUAGCAUGAGUGCCAUGUUUUUCGGAUUUUCUUUCGAGGAACACCCUUUCAACCAGCCCAUUGGUGAUUGGGAUGUGUCAAGUGUGACAAAAAUGGAUCAGAUGUUUUCAAUGGCACCCAAUUUCAACCAGCCCAUUGGUGNUGGUGAUUGGGAUGUGUCAAGUGUGACAAAAAUGGAUCAGAUGUUUUCAAUGGCACCCAAUUUCAACCAGCCCAUUGGUGAUUGGGAUGUGUCAAAAGUGAAUAACAUGAACAAUUUAUUUUUCUAUGCGGAGUCCUUCAACCAGCCCAUUGGUGGUUGGGACGUGUCAAAAGUGACUGACAUGCGCAUGAUGUUUGGAAAGUGUAAGAAAUUCAACCAGCCCAUGGGUAACUGGGAUAUUUCAAGCGUGACAUACGUGAGAUCCAUGUUUUCCGGGGCAACCAAUUUCAACCAGCCCAUUGGUGAUUGGGAUAUUUCAAGUGUGACAUACAUGGAUGGUUGAUUUGCCGGUGCGGAGUCAUUCGACCAGCCCAUCAGUCGUUGGAAUACGUCAAGCGUUGUAAGCAUGGAUUUUAUAUUCCAUGGUGCAUCCUCUUUCAACCAGCCCAUUGGUGACUGGGAUGUGUCAAGUGUG